AUGCUUCAUUUCUUCCUUCUGUUUGCUGCAAUAGCAGUCCUGAGUGCAGGCGAGUACUUCGGACUCAUCCCGAAGUAUCACCAAGAUUAUGGACCCCUUUCUCUCAUAUUUCCUAGUCUGUAUGGGCCAAGAGAGCACUACGAACAAGAUGGACCUCAUUCUCCUGAAUUCUUUGGGCCGCAUGAGCAAGAGGAGCCUUACAGACGUCAUGGAUCCCAAUCUUUUAUAUUUCCUGAGCUCGAAAUAGUGCUCGAAUCUAGAAGAAUAAUAGUACCGAUAGGAUCCAUACUGAUACCAGAAUGGGUUAAACGCCCGUAUCCUCCACGCAGAACCCUUGAGACAAACUUACCAUUGAAUCCUACCGUAUAUGAAAUCAUCACACCAGUAGAAAACGAGGAUUACCCCAUAAAGAUUGUCAGUGAAGAGACUGAAACCCACCCGACCACACCACUACCAGAUGAUGAGCGGACCACAACUACGGCAGAAAAAGAGAAGACAAAAGAAGAGACCACUACAGCUGCUAAAGAGGAUACCACAAUGGCGUCCACAAGUGCGCAGCCACACGGAACAGAGGAAGGGGAAUUCACACCGAUCUUCGAAGGCACCACAAUUGCCCCGGUAUGGUAAAUCCUAAUCAGAUAAUGACUGAAACUUUUUAUCUGCGGAUAAAAAGAGUUUGGUGUCUCAGUCUUUUCUGUAAUAAAAUGCUUUUUAC